AUGGUGAGAAAAUGCAGAAAACCUAAAGGUUUAACUGGUAAAGACGGAAUCGGAGCUUCUUCUACUUAUAUGCAGCUUCGUAGCCGGAGAAUCGUUUACUUUACCACCGUCGAUGAUUGCAGAUCGGAAAACCCUAGCUCCGUCGCCGACAAUGGAGCUUCGUCGUCUUGCGAGUACUCAACAACAAUAACAAGUAGAAGAAACGUUCUUGUCGAUGAAUUUAUAGAUCUGGAGGAGGAAAGAGAUGGUGACACUGAAACGUCGACGUAUCAACAACGAAGUACUACCAAAAGAAAGCUAUUCCAAAAUUUCAGAGACAAAUCAAUGGAGAAUCCUUCAUCGGAGAUGAAAGAAUCAUCGGAUUGUUGUUGCAGCGGGAGGAUUAGAACUUCAGAGGAGAUGGUUAAAUCGACGACGGAGCAACCAACGGAAACGGAAAUUGAAGAUUUCUUCGCCGAAGCAGAGAAACAGCUUCAGACCAAAUUCACGAAGAAGUACAAUUUCGAUUUCGAGAAAGAGAAGCCAUUAGAAGGACGUUACGAAUGGGUUAAAUUAUCUGAGUGA